AUGCCCUACUGCAUUCAGUCUUUCUCGGGCAUCAGCUUCGUGGCCGGCUACUUCACAUACUAUCUACAGCUGGCUGGGUACUCGACCGACUUGAGCUACCGAAUCCAGAUUGCGCAGCCUGUUGUAUCAAUUGUCGGCAACCUGAUGGCCGCCGCCACAAUCGACUACGUCGGAAGACGCAACCUCACCUUCUAUGGCCUCAUCAUCCUAACAGCGUUCCUCCUCAUCACUGGUGGACUCGCGGUCGGAGGAUCCCCAGCUGAAAUAAGAGGCACCGUCGCGUUUAUCCUUAUCUACAGCUGGUGGUACAAUGCCUCGAUCGGCUCCACGGCCUUUUCGCUGCUGUCGGAAGUCGCCACGUCUCGGCUGCGCAUCAAAACGGUUGCCAUCGGCUAUGCAGUGCACAGCGGGAUCAAUGUGAUGUGGCAGUUUGUCAUCCCCUUCAUGUUCAAUCCAGACAAGGGCAACCUGGGCGGGAAGAUUGCGUUUAUCUUUGGGGGAAUGUGCUGCUUGUGUUUGCUGUACCUGUGGCUGUGGCAACCCGAAACCAGUGGGCGCUCGUUCCAGGAACUGGACGAGAUGUUUGCCAAGGGAGUUCCGGCGAGGAAAUUCAAGAGCUACAAGACAGACGUGCAGGUGCACAACGAGGCUGCUGCGGCAUCGCGGAAUGCGAAGAUGGAGGUUUAG